AAAGCUACAUUUUUAAAGGGAAUAUUACUCGACAGAUAAGUGAAUCUUUUGCGUAAAUUGCUAAUCUUUUCGAAAUUUAAAUCACAUUUACAACCCACUAAUCUUGAGACCUUGGCAACAACCCGCUGUUUGUGGUUACUCAGCAAGCCGUCGGUAACCUGGACACCCUCAUUUUUUUUUUCUCUAACUUACUCCUCGAGAUGACUUCACAGUUAGCACGCUCUAAAAUGAACGAUUUCCACGAGCAAAUCCGUUCUCUCACUGACGAGAAUGUUCAGCUCAGAGACAAAAAUGAACAGCUCUUCAGUAAACUGGGUUCUCUCCAGGGCAAACUGGGAACACUGGGGGCCUCUAGAACCGACCUAUCUUCCAAACUUGUUCUCAGUGAGGAGGAGAAACUGAAGAUGUCAAAGGAGCUUGUGGAAGUUCAGAUUAGGGCCAAUAAGAUGAGAGAGCUGUACGAGGCUGAGAACUUUGAGCUAAAGAAUAAGCUUCUGUCUCAAGAGGGUAUGACCUCAGCUCUGGAGACCGAGCGUGAUCGGUUGCGACGGGAACUCCAGGGGGUAUCAGUACAGGCACACGCUGCCGAGGUCAACAGCAAGGAGCUGGCCGAGGAGUACAGCACACUGAAACGGAACUUCCUGCGUGUGUGUGAGGCGUAUGAGCGUGCUGCUACACACACCGAGCAGCUGAGCGCCGAGCUGCUGGCGCUCGCAAACACCCAUGACACCCUCCUCCAGGAGAGGGACCACGCUCAGCGGCGCGCUCGACAGAAGGGGGAGGAGGUGGAGCGUGUGAGGGCACUGGUCAGCAGAGUCAGUCACAAUAGAGUUAGGCCAGAAGAGCUGGUUGCAUUGGAACAGACCAAGAACCCCCAGGAGAGAAAUCUGCUAGGUAAACAGAGCGAGCUGAAGAAUGAACUGGAGAAAAUAAAGAAAAGUUAUGAAGAGCAACAACACAGACUUGAGGAAAAAGUGGUUGCCAUGGGGAAAGAGCAGCAGGAAAAUAAGAGAGCAAUCAGGAACACACAACACACACUUGCUGAGCAGUCUGUGGCACUUAUGACUUCCCAGCAACAGCAAAAGGAGCUGGAAGCUGAAAAUUCUCAGCUGCAAAAUCAACUGAAAGAGCUGAACCAGGAGUAUAGAGCAAGACUCACUAAAUAUCUACAGGACCUCACAGAGUUCAUGUUUGGUUUGAGGGAGGGCUUAGACCAGAAGGAGGCAUCUUACUGGUCCAAGCUGCACAGUCAUGUGGACGGGAUGUUGAGUGACAUGAGAGUGGCUUAUCGCAGGAGAGAAGAACAACUGGCCAACGCAGCACGCAACUACCGCCGCAAAAUACGCACUUUCAUGAACACACACACUUCCCUGCUUGCUGCUUACAGGGUUCAGCGGGAGCAGAUCCUAGCUAAUGAGGGCUCAGGGUUGGAGGCCGGCCCCCCUGAAGCCCACUUCUCUCUCGGGGAGCACGAGGGGGAGGCUGAGAAAGAGUUACACAACUUGCGCAUGGACAAAGCCCGACUAGAGAGCCAACUCAAACAGACACAGGAGCAGCUCUUGCUCUCCUCCAGCCUUUCUCAGCAGGCUCAGCUGAAUGAUGGGGCCUGGACUGACAUCAGAAAACAACUACAUGAGAUUGCCAUCACAGCUCAGGAGAGCUGGGAGAGAGAACGAGCACAGCUCCUCACUCAGGCUACUGUUGCCGAGGAACAGGUGUCAGAGCUGCAGGAGUAUGUUGACAACCACUUGGGCAGGUACAAGCAAGAGAUCACUCGUCUGCGAGGGCUUCUGGGAUUGGGCGGCGGGAGAGCAAGCAGUGCAGAGCUCCCUAAGACACGCCUUCUCCGCCGGUCAAUCAAAAACACCAGCUAUGAGAUCUAAAGCCCACCCCCUUUUUAUGUGAAGGAAAUAAAGAUCACUGUGAACCUCCUCA